CAGCGGGUGAGAGGAGUCGAACAAGACAUCCAUUGAUUUUUAGAAGCACAAAGUAUAAUGGAAGUGCAACACGGAGGUUUUUCUGUUCUGGACAUAAGAAAGCUGCUGGAGGAAGUAGUCAACACACCAUAAAACACCCCUCAGUCAGAGCAUCUGUGCCUCCAUAGCCCAAAAGACAAAAUGUCGUCAUCAACGCUCAUGUCAAACCUCACACAGGAAUGGGUAGAGAGCCUUCUGAGGUGGAAACUCCAUUUCUUUGUCAUCCCGACCACAGUCGUCACUCUGGCCACCUUGGUAGCCAACCCCGUUCUCCUGUCGUGCAUUUUCCUGUCCCGUUCCCUGCGCCAGGAGACGCGUUACCUGCUGGUGGCCAACACCCUGGCGGCAGACAUACUCUUCCUCGUCUUCAACCUGGCCGUAGUCAUCUGUAACGCAGUGAGAGCUCAAAUACCCUGGCUGGUCUGCGAGCUAAUCACAGCCGUCACUGUCACCGCCUACACCUGUGCCAUCUUCACCAUCACCCUCAUGGUGGUCGACACCUACGCUGCGGUUCGCUGGCCUCUCCGUUACCAUGACUUUCUUCCCCCGGCCCGCACAAACCGCAUACUGCUGGGGGCCUGGGUGCUGGCGGCUAUAUACCCUUUCAUCCUGGUGAUCAUAGGGCUGGUGAAGGCAGACAAUUCGCAGGAAAAUCGUGCUGUGUGUCUGGCCCUCAUCUCCCUCGGAUUUUUUCAGGUCAAGAACAUCGGGGGGAUCCACAUCCACUUCAUUGUAUGGGCACUCAUCUGUGCUGUGCUCAUUUUUUUCUGCUACAUUCGUCUCUACAUGGUAACAAGGACCCAGGGCAUCUGGCAUAGCCGCUUCUCGAGGGCCCGGGUCACACUGCUGGCUCACGGGGUUCUUCUCCUGCUCUACUUUGCCCCCGGCUUGAUUUUCAUCCUGGAGCUCUUCCUGUUGCAGACUGAAGAAAUUAGUCAGGACCUGCGUGUGUGGAUCAGCACAGUCAAUAUGUGUGUCUUCAUGUUGCUGCCCAGGGCGGUAGCUCCAUACCUGUACGGGCUGAGGUACAGGGAGAUCUCUGUCACGCUAAUGAUGCUGCUGCACCAGCACAGUAGACUCACAGUUUCAUGA